CAUGGAUCACAGAUGCACCGAGGACAAGCAGAAAGAUGCUUGGGCCGGACCAUGCAAUAACCUGAUGACUGUUCGUACCUACUAUGCCUUUUUUUAUGCUGCUAAAGCCUCCCUGCCCGUUGAGAGCUUGUUCUUGCAAGAUUACUUGAAAAUGCCGAGGAGAGGUUGUCCAGAUCCGCCACUGCAAUGCGCAUUUUCUCGUGUCGGCCAGAACCUGAAUGCCAAAAUGCUUCUUGAUGGUGACCCGCUUUUCGUCAUUUGGGAAAUUAUCGAUGCCCACCCCACGGGAAGGAAGCAAAAACCAAGGCCCACAGGGGUUUCUGGGAAGUGGCUUGGCGCCUACGGGACCAAGAAGGAAGUCACGGAGCAACCUACCUUGUCGCUUGGUAGACACUGGUAA